UAUGAUAAGUUUCGGAACGCAGUCUUUCAUGUCGGAAAUUACAGUUUAUGCUCAACGAAAUAUUCGUAUGUGUAUAUCAGUUCCACGGAUAUUUAUAUGUAAAACCGUGGUCUCUAUUGUCGCGGGGUGCAACGCAAGUGUAUCUUUAAGUGUACGUUUAAUGUCUGCGAUUAACUGGCAAAAUUGGUUAUCCACCAGAGAUAACAAAACAGUGCUAAGAUAAAAUGUUUAAUUGUACAUUUCUCAGUUAGCUCUGUGAAAUUGUCAGGUCGGUAGACAUUUACAAGAAUUGUUACACUAAUAACGAGCAAAAUGUCAGGGCCGAUGGUGCUGUGUCAGUUGUGGAUGGGUGGCCUGGAGCCAUACAUGACGGAGAGCUUCAUCAUGAACGCGUUUCACAAAAUGGGUGAACAGCCACAGACUGUAAAAGUGAUGCGGAAUCGGUAUACUGGCGAGCCAGCAGGAUAUUGUUUCGUACACUUUCCAACGGACGAAAUGGCGCUCGACGCCAUGCACAAACUAAACGGCAAAGUCAUACCCGGUUCAAAUCCUCCAGUAAGAUUCCGAUUAAAUCACGCCAGUACCACAGGGAAACCUGCCGCCGAACGAGAAUUCAGUAUUUGGGUAGGCGAUCUCUCCACUGACGUAGACGAUUACUCCUUAUACAGAGCUUUCGCCGCAAAAUAUAACUCAAUCAGGACGGCGAAGGUUAUAUUGGACAGCUCCGGAUUCAGCAAGGGCUACGGCUUCGUUAGAUUCGCGAACGAGGAGGAGCAGAAAAACAGUCUUAUCACUAUGAAUGGUUACAGAGGACUUGGAACGAAAUCCCUCAAAAUCUGCAAUGCCGUACCUAGACCUUGGAAUAAAAUGUCUGGUUCGACGCCGCCACAAUCAACUUCCGAGUAUGCGGCAUCAAAUAUGAAUUCAGAGGCGUACAAUUACUACGAUACAUCGUCGUACUGGAAUAGUUACAGUGCUUGGCAACAAGGUUACUACGAAAGCGAACCGACAUCAGAUGCUUAUAAUAGUUACGUAUCUGAUCAGAAACCCGAGGAAGAUGAUUUAGAAUUGAUUGAGCAUUCAAUCCCCAUUGACAUCGAUAAAGCGAACCGAGAAAUAAUUGAACAAGAUUAUAACUUAUGGGAUGCUUUGGAAAGCUCCAAAUGGAUUCCUUGUGAUACUAUAGAAUUAUGCUAUUGAUUAUUAAGAACAAAAAUUACAAGAUACAACGAAGAUAUAUUACCAUUUUUAUCACUAUGACACAUAUGUAUAAUACAACAUAAAAAAUAUCAAAAAUUAAUUCCGUGCAUCUUUUAAAUAUAUGCCGCGAACACUGCUGGUUUUAUCGGACGCCACCUCUCGGAAGGAAGUGGCAACCACCGAGAGUAUCCUGUCACACGUACCCCUUUAGAGGUAGUCCUCCAGGUUGGAGGUUUCCUUCGGCAAGGUUACAGCAGCCUACCGAAGAUGAAGUAAAACCAAAUGCUCGGAGUACCAAAACUGGAUAAAACAGAUUUUAAGCUUAAUACACGAGGAAGAAGAGAAGCUAUAAAUCCAUAUCGUCAAAAUCCGUAACUGCUCUUCUUCUAUCGAACUGAAAUGUGAGUGUAAAUUUUAAAUAUGUAAUUAAUAAAUGUAUGUAUCACUUUUUGUAU